CACCUUAUUUUUUUCUUAAUAUUUAUUUAAUUUUUAACUAUAUGUUUGUAUAUAUAAUAAGCAUAGAGAAUUAGUGGGUAAAGUGAUUUUGGAGGACAAUAUGAAAGGUCGCAUAAAUCGAUUUGAAUGUGACACAGAAGAAGAACUCUCUUUUUUCAGGGAAUUGAAGAAACACCAGAAUGAACAUAUUCCUAACCUCUUGCUAUGUGCUUCUGAAGAUUAUGAAUGUGACACUAAAUAUGUUGGUAAUGGAAAGUUUUCACUCUAUAGAAUUCCUUCAGGGAGGAAAGAAAAUGGACUUGAGCUUCUGGAAACAAAAACUAAAAGUGACUUUGAUUGGUUGAAAACACCACCAGCAACUCCUCUUUUUCCAUCCCUAGAAAUGGAACCUAGUCCCAACCUCGUCACUCAGAGAGAGCUACCUAUUACUCAUUCUAUCUCAAGAGCACUAUUAGCAAAGAGUGAUGUGGAAGCACUAAAACCAAAGUCAAAUCAAACCAAUUCAACAAAAUCAUCAAAGCUUGCUAUGAGAUCCAUAACACCAAGUCAUAACAGAUUGAGACCAAACCUCAUUAAAAAUACAAAUGAACAAAAAUUAGGUACACACCCUAUCAACAAUGCCAAAAUAGAACAUGUUGCUACCAACAACCCUAAAUAUCCUAAUCCCCAAAAACAAACCAACAAUGUUGAUUUCCUUGCUUUGAAUCAAAAGAAAAAUAUUGAAGCCAAUGAAACACAUACAAAACCUAGAGCUAGAGGUGUAUCACCAUCAUUGAAAUCAACGGGUUCAAAUAUUGCGAUAGAACUCUCGAAUGAAACACCAAAAAAUCUUAGGACUGAUGAUAAAAGAUCAAUUUCAAGUACAAGAGGAAGAAGUAUUAUAAGAGGGUCUAUGGUUGGAGGGUUUCAAAAUCAAGAUCCUACUCCAAAAGCAUGUAGACCAUCAAGGUCACCAUCACCAAGCAUGUCUAAGAAUGGUUUGAACCAAUUUGAUAGAACACAGAAGAAUGUGAAGACACAAAAAGAAGCAUUUACUCUAGCUGCAGGAAAUAAUGAAAGUAGAUCACAUUUUAAAGGAAGUAAAAUGGUAGAGAAAGUGGUGAAUGCUAGAAAGUCUGGUAUGAAUCAUGCAGAGAGAGAAUCGAAACUAAAGCCUGUUAAAUAUAGGGAAAAAUAAGGCAAGAAUACAUAUUACUAAGGGGUACAAUGAAAAGGAAAUUUGGUAUUGCGCAGAAGAUCAUAUCCUGGGUUAUAAUAUCUUUAUUAAUGUAACAAAAUGAGAACAUGGCUCAUUUUGAGAUUUUCUUUUUGAAAGGGUCAUUCUGAGAUGUUAUGUACGGGAAACUUUGUUUACUAAAUAGUCUUGUGGCAAAAAUCUUACACUUUAAGGUGUGGAGAAGUAAAAAAUUAUGGAUUCAAAUUUGCGUCGCAGCGCAUAAAUAUUCUUAAAGUUAUCUACUAAGUUGUACGAACGGAAAACUUUAUCCGGUGUAGAUUAGCUCAUAUAAAAGAUGAAAUGUGAUUUCAAAUAAAAAAAAAUAUAUUAAAUGGUAUUUCUGCUCUCUACUUGUUGUA